GGCUUCCAGCCAAUGGCGCCUGGGCUUCCCCUGUUGUGCAGGAAGAGAACCGAGCGUUGUUGAGAGAAUGCUAGAUGUCUUCAUCUAAAAUAUUCAAGGGAUUCAAUACCCAUUUGUGAAUGCUUCAGAAAUAGAAAAUUAUAAAGUCGACGAACGGUUUCACCAUGGGCGAGCCACAGCAGGUCAGUGCCCUCCCCCCGCCGCCCAUGCAGUACAUAAAGGAGUAUACGGACGAAAAUGUCCGGAAGGCCCUCGCCCCCAAGCCCCCGCCGCCCAUCAAGGACACCUACAUGAUGUUCGGUAACCAGUUCCAGUGCGACGACCUCAUCAUCCGCCCCCUGGAAAGCCAGGGCAUCGAGCGCCUCCACCCUGUUCAGUUUGACCACAAGAAGGAGCUGAAGAAGCUCAACAUGUCCAUCCUGGUGAACUUCCUGGACCUCCUGGACAUCCUGAUCAAGAGCCCCGGCAGCAUCAAGCGCGAGGAGAAGCUGGAGGACCUCAAGCUGCUCUUCGUGCACAUGCACCACCUGAUCAACGAGUACCGGCCGCACCAGGCCCGCGAGACCCUGCGCGUGAUGAUGGAGGUGCAGAAGCGCCAGCGGCUGGAGACGGCCGAGCGCUUCCAGAAGCACCUGGACCGGGUGGUGGAGGUGAUCCAGGGCUGCCUGGCCUCCCUCCCCGACGACCUGCCCCAGCCCGAGGCGGGCACCGGGGGGCACCCCCGGCUGAAAUCGGAGCCCAUGGACGUGGACGAGGCCGGUGGCGGCUGCAUGGUGGGACAGGCGGACAAAGAAAAGGACAAAAGGGACAAAACGUGGGACAAGGAUGCGGCCAUGUGCAGCAUCAUUGACGAAAUGACAUAAACUGACUUUUCCUUGUACUUUCAAAUACCACGUGGGUGUUUUUUCUCAAAGCAAUGCGACACCGCAUUGAAGCUGCAACAUCAGGAGUUGUGAGAAUAAAGAUAUGAUAUUGUGUGGCUAAAGGGGCUGUGUACUGUAUGCUAAAAUGUUGAUGUCCUCUUUGGCUGCAUGUUGAGAGCAAAAAUAAGCAGAAGUCACAAGUGUCUAGGGGAUGAACAGUUUGAGUAUUGUGUUAUCUGAGGCUAUGCUGUUGUUCAAGCAGGAAAAUAUCUCAGGAACCUUUCGGAAAUAAAAGUCACACUUUUGAGUGGACAUUUCUCUUUUCAUUGCGCUGCAAGCUUAAGAAAGGUUUGGUAUCCAGUUGACCAAAGCAAGCUUAAGGGGGAACUGCAGUUCCAACUUCCCAGACCGGUUAUUAGAUCUCUGUAACAAAAUAAUUGCUGGCACAGAAAUAGUUGACAAAUUCCAAAUCAAGCACAGAACCAUGAACUUUGUGAAAUGACUGUGUAAUCUCCAUUGUUGUCACAAACCCUUGGUCUCGUCACGGGUGAGAGUUCUCGAGAACUGCGUGAAUUGUGACGUGGGGUGGCCCUUCCUGGUCACUAGUCCCUGUCAUGACUGUACAGUACUGUAUGUAAUGUGAUGUGAUUUCCGAGCGAAUAAGUGCAGGUUGUGCAGCAGACGUUUCACCCCAGAAACGUUCCAACGUGAUCUGCAAGCAGAGUUAGUAAGUAGUAUUUGAAAGGAAAACCAUCUUGAAGUCGACAGUAAUAUUUCUAUGGGAUUACAAGAGAUGUUUUCACAAGUCUGCUUGUUUACAAUGUGAUAAGGCAGCUUCACAUCACUGGACGUUUUGUUGUCUUGUUCUGAAUCGCCGAAUAUAGUGCUGCACAUACCUGGAAAUUUUGCCUAUUUUGAGAUGUAAAUUAGAGGUAUCACAUGUUACUUUGUAUAUCUUACUUUUAUUAAGGUUUGAAAUGCACUCUUCUGUGCUUAUUCUUUGUAACCACGAAAUAUAAAAAUAGUGUUGCAGUUUG